UGCAGCUCAGAGAGCCAGAGGGCUGGGAAGAGCGAAGAGAAGAUCUCCAGCCAUGAGCUCCAGCCAACCAGGGGCCUGCCCAUGCCAGGGUCCUGUGGGCCGCCCAGCAAUUCUGCAAGCUCUCCUGAGCCCCAGCCUCAGGGCAAGGCCUCCUGUACCCCCAUCCCGCUGCCUGUGUAGGCAGCACCGGCCCGUCCACCUGUGUGCUCCUCAUCGCACCUGCCGGGAGGCCUUGGAUGUCCUGGCCAAGAUGGUGGCCUUCCUCAGGAACCUGCCAUCUUUCUGCCAGCUGCCCCCACAAGACCAGCGGUGCCUGCUUCAGAGAUGCUGGGGUCCUCUCUUUCUGCUUGGGUUGGCCCAAGAUACUGUGACCUUUGAAGUAGCCGAGGCCCCAGUGCCCAGCAUACUCAAGAAGAUCCUGCUGGAGGAGCCCAGCAGCAGUGCUGGCAGUGCCCAGCUGCCCGACAGGCCCCAGCCCUCACUGGCUGCUGUGCAGUGGCUUCAGUGCUGCCUGGAGUCCUUCUGGAGUCUUGAGCUGGGCCCUAAAGAGUAUGCCUACCUGAAAGGAACCAUCCUCUUUAACCCAGAUGUGCCUGGCCUCCACGCCUCCGCCCACAUUGGGCGCCUGCAGCAGGAGGCUCACUGGGCACUGUGUGAAGUCCUGGAGCCCUGGUACCCAGCAGGCCAAGGCCGGUUGGCCCGUGUCCUCCUAACAGCCUCCACCCUCAAGAGCAUCCCCCCCAGCCUUCUUGGGGACCUCUUCUUCCGCCCCAUCAUUGGAGAUGUUGACAUCGCUGGACUCCUAGAGGACAUGCUUUUGCUGAGGUGACCUGAGAGGAGAGGCGCCCCAGGAGCAGCCCGUCACUUGAUCUCCUCCCCAGUUUGGCCCUCCUGGGUGUGGCAUAGUGCUCCAGCCAGCUAGCAGGGCUUUGAUGGUUCCCAGAGCCUCCUGGAAUGGGGAUGGAAGUUUAGGCUGCCCAUGGUGCCAGAAUUCUUGCUAACUUUGUACAGAACUGAAUUAAGUUAUUGUUUUUGUAAUAAAAGAUGUGACACUCUCAGA